AUGCAACUUGCUACUAUUUGUUUUGUUAUAGUGUUACAAGCUGGAAUAAAUGAGUGCGGCCUAAAAAGUCACGCUGAACUAAUACGCUUAGCAAUAAAGGCGGAUAAUAAGAUUAAGGAUCUUAUCCAUAAAGUCUCAGGUUUUGUAAAGGGCAACUCAGAGUUUAAAGAAAACUACGAAAACCUGAGAAUCCCAUUGAUGGAAAAUUAUACAAGUUUACCAACAAAAUUAGCGCAUAUUCGAGAAUUUAAAGCUUACAACAUGGAAAGGCUUCACUUAGAGCAAAGAAUUAUAUCAGCAAUUUCAAAGCUACAUACACCAAUGUCAGAAGAUUGCGACAAGCUUAGUGAAAAUGUUCGUAAGCAGUUGUUUUUAAUGUUGGUUUCUUCCAAUAAAAGAAAGAUUGAUGCCUUAGAAAACUUAAAAAAAGGAUCUUGCCGAAGGGAAUCAAGCAGCCAUAAAAAUGCACCAACAACUAAAAUAGACGGAACUUCAAAUAAGAUCGUCAAUAUUCUGCAAACCAGAAGUAAGUCCUCAAAGUUUACAGAAUCAAGUUUGACUAACCGAACGAUCACAUUUUCCAAGUUUUUUUAUUCGAGUUCACUCCUAACAUUUACGUCAAACAAAAUUUGUAAAAGCUCGAUAAAAAUCUUUGACCAUUGUCUACCUACCGCAACGAACAUGGCAUUCACCUCUGGAAUACCUUCUGAUUUAACUAAAGAGGCGACCCACCAUACAUCUCCAGCUUGCGAAACACAUGGGCCUUUGUCUUGCCGAAAAUUUCUUAUUAUUUCAUUAAUCCCUGGAGAAUGUUGCUGUCAGAAUACCAAGAAAUACAAAAUUAAAGAAAAAUAAAGUUUAGUUCUAAUUUGAAACAUAUUAAUCAAUCAUGCUUAUAUAUUUUUUGUUAUACGAUAUAUAGUAGCAUAAUAUGCUUCACAUAUUAUGCUUACAAGCAUUGUACAUACAAUCUUGCACAUGCACAAACACAUGAAACCAAUUCACAUUUUUGCUUACAUAUCAUUCUUUUGUACACAUAUAGAAAAAAUCAAACCCCACACCCACAAAUACACUGACUAGACAUUCCCGUUUCUCGCGACUCACUUCGAGCAGAUAAAAACUCUGUACAGUAGUCUUAAGCUGACAUUCUUGGAAUAAAGACGUUCACCGAAAUUGUUCGUGUUUUCAAUUUAAAGUUGUUUCAGCGUUGAUCCUUGUCUGUGUUAUUGACGGAUCAUUUAUUCGACUAAUAAAUUAAUAACUACGUAAGUGGCGCAGUCGGUAGGAUGAUACUAAUUGAUGCGAUAUUAAACAUAUUCAAUUCUC